GGCGCAGGCGCUCGGGGAACAUUUUGACCGUAAACAUCCUGCCGAUUUGAACGGAGGGUUUGGGCGGCAGGAAGAGCCGCGGCCAUAGCUGCCGCCAUCUUGUUUGUUUGAGUGAAUCGGAGAGGAGGCGGAGGCGGCGGGCAAGCGGCUGCCGCGGCGGCGGAGGAGGAGGCAGCGGCGCCGGCGGAGGAGCGGAAGAAGCAGAGGCGGCGGGAGAGGCUUCCCCCUACACCGCGGGAGGGGUGUCCCCCCUUCUCCCCGACCCCCUCCCCCUAACCCUCUCCCCUCCCUCGGCCACCCAGCCCGCCCCUGCUCUCGGAGGAGCUCGAGGUGAGAGACCUUGCCGACCCCCCCUUCCCAGCCUUCGGGACGCCCAGCGACCGGGCCCACUGCCGGAGGGAGCGGGAGGCUAGCAGCGUCCAGGCCCGUCGCCCGCGGGAUCAGGCCCGGCCUUCUCGCCGGGCACCCCAGGACUAGCCUCGGCACGCGCGGGGGGUGAGGGAGCAGAUUUAAUUAAAAACACCCCGCCCCUCGUCCUAGACUCUUAGUGCCCGGCGGCCCGCCAGCCCGCCGCUCCGGGCUCCAGGGAGCCGGAAACGCCGGUCUUCGGGGCAGGGUUGAAUACCCCCCCUUCCACCGGCCUGUGGGGCCUGGCCGGGCCGAGGCGGGGGUGGGUGGGGGGACCCUCGGAAGAAGCGGGAUCUCUGGGGAGAUGGUCCGCCCCCAAUCCCAGUGCCAACUUCGGAGGAGGAGCAACAGUUUGUAAAGCUUGGGAAGCAGGCAUCAAGGAAGUGGACCCGCAGUGCCCGGGGCGGGGGCAGCUCUGGGCCGAGGACUCUGCAACCCCCCCCCCCCCCCGCCUCCCUUUAAGGGACUCAUCCCUUUAAGGCGACAUCACAAUUGGGAAAGACCAAAUAGAAGAAGGGGGGAAAAAACUCGAAGGGAACAUGCUUUGGGCCCUUAUAAGAAGACUGCAAUAGUUUUAUUUCCAUCCUCCUCAACUUUACCGAUUACUGGUUGUUCUCUACAGAUUUUCUAGUCAUCUGGAACAAUGUUCUACGCUCAUUUUGUCCUGAGUAAGAGAGGGCCGCUGGCCAAAAUUUGGCUAGCGGCCCAUUGGGAUAAGAAGCUAACCAAAGCCCAUGUGUUUGAGUGUAAUUUAGAGAGCAGUGUGGAGAGUAUCAUUUCACCCAAGGUAAAGAUGGCACUUCGAACCUCAGGACAUCUCUUAUUGGGAGUAGUUCGAAUCUAUCACAGGAAAGCAAAAUACCUCCUUGCAGACUGUAAUGAAGCUUUCAUUAAGAUAAAGAUGGCAUUUCGGCCAGGUGUCGUUGAUUUGCCUGAAGAAAAUCGGGAAGCUGCUUAUAAUGCAAUUACCUUACCUGAGGAAUUCCAUGACUUUGAUCAGCCACUGCCUGAUUUAGAUGACAUUGAUGUGGCUCAGCAGUUCAGUCUUAACCAGAGUAGAGUUGAAGAGAUUACAAUGAGAGAAGAAGUUGGAAACAUCAGUAUCCUCCAGGAAAAUGACUUUGGUGAUUUUGGAAUGGAUGAUCGUGAAAUGAUGCGUGAAGGAAGUGCAUUUGAGGAUGAUGACAUGCUAGUAAGCACUAGUGCUUCUAACCUCCUAUUGGAACCUGAACAAAGUACCAGUCACCUAAAUGAGAAAAUCAACCACCUAGAAUAUGAAGACCAAUACAAGGAUGACAAUUUUGGAGAGGGAAAUGAUGGUGGCAUACUGGAUGACAAACUUAUAAGUAACAAUGAUGGAGGUAUAUUUGACGAUCCACCUGCCCUCUCAGAAGGAGGGGUCAUGAUGCCAGAGCAGCCUGCACAUGAUGAUAUGGAUGAUGAUGACAAUGUAUCAAUGGGUGGACCAGAUAGUCCAGAUUCAGUAGACCCUGUUGAACCAUUACCAACUAUGACUGAUCAAACAACACUUGUUCCAAAUGAAGAGGAAGCUUUUGCUUUGGAACCUAUUGACAUCACCGUCAAGGAGACAAAAGCCAAAAGGAAGAGGAAGCUAAUUGUUGACAGUGUAAAAGAGCUGGACAGCAAGACAAUUAGAGCCCAGCUAAGUGAUUAUUCUGAUAUUGUCACUACCUUGGACCUGGCACCACCUACCAAAAAAUUGAUGAUGUGGAAAGAGACAGGAGGCGUAGAAAAACUUUUCUCUUUGCCUGCUCAACCUUUAUGGAACAAUAGACUACUGAAGCUCUUUACACGCUGUCUCACACCUCUUGUGCCAGAAGAUCUUAGGAAAAGGAGGAAAGGUGGAGAAGCAGACAAUUUGGAUGAAUUCCUCAAAGAUUUUGAAAAUCCUGAGGUACCCAGAGAGGAACAGCCACAACAGCAACAGCAGCAACAACACGAUGUUAUUGAUGAACCUAUUAUAGAAGAGCCAAGCCACCUACAGGAAUCAAUGAUGGAAGGCAGCAGAACCAAUUUGGAUGAAUCUGUCAUGCCGCCGCCGCCACCUCAAACAGGGGUAAAACGCAAGGCACAGCAAGUUGAGCCAGAACCUGUGUUACCUCCUGAACAGUUACAGCAGUUGGAAAUUCCACCUGUAGAACUUCCUCCAGAAGAGCCUCCAAAUAUCUGUCAGUUAAUACCUGAGCUGGAACUCUUACCAGAGAAAGAAAAGGAAAAAGAGAAAGAUAAGGAAGAGGAAGAAGAGGAAGAGGAAGAGGAUGCUACAGGAGGUGAUCAGGAUCAAGAAGAAAGACGAUGGAAUAAAAGAACUCAGCAGAUGCUUCAUGGUCUUCAGAGAGCUCUUGCUAAAACUGGAGCAGAAUCUAUUAGUUUGCUUGACUUGUGCCGAAAUACGAACAGAAAACAAGCGGCAGCAAAAUUCUACAGCUUCUUGGUACUUAAAAAGCAGCAGGCUAUUGAGCUGAAACAAGAGGAGCCUUACAGCGACAUCGUUGCAACACCUGGACCAAGAUUCCAUAUAAUUUGAAUGUCUAAAUGGAUUAUAGCUAGUGUUUAUUUCACUAGUAUAAAUGAAUUGCCCCCAUGUUGUAGGGCACAAAAGACCAUUACAGAAAAUUUAGAUUUUUGUCUGUACAAAGUAUCUCUUGCCCCUUUUUAUAUUUUUAAUUUACCAUCUUCAUUUUUAAGGGAAACUGCUCGGGUGGGUUGUGUUUAUUUUCUUAUGGAGAUAUAAAGACUCUCCAGGACCCAGAUAAUUUUAACAGUUCAGAGCAGAUGUGUGCAAUAUUGGUGCAUGUAAUGAUGUUGAGUUGCAAUGAAAAGCCAUGAUUUGUAUCUUAAUUCUCCAUUAAUGCAUUUAAAAAAUUAACCUCUGGGAAAAACCUGCCAACCUCAAAAACAUUUAAGUACCUAUUAUGUGUAGGGAACUUAUUCAAAUGUCUGGUUUUCAUAGAACAGAAUUGGAUUUUCUCUAAAUUUUUUGCUCUGGUCUCUGGCUACAUGAAAACCAUGGACAAAGAUUUCUCCACAUUUUAUCAAGUGUUUGGAAAUUCCUCCAGCAAUAGGAAUUGCAUCUAUAGCACACUAAAAAUCUUAUGAUUUAGCAGAGGGCAAACAUUUCUGCAAAGCACUUGCUGAAACCAAACCUCAGAUGAAAUCAUCUAGUUCAAAUCCAUAUCAUUCUAGCUCAUUGUAGAGGUGCCAUGCUUUUAACAGAGGAAUUCUAGCUACACACAAGCUAUAUAUAAAUCAAGCUCUUUAAAUAAAGUUUUUCAGUGAAAGAAUGACUCAUUUUGGCACAUUCAAAUCAUGGGGGGGGGGCAAAGAAUAAAAUGCAAAGUGUCUUGUAUAUCAAAGGGGCAAGACUGAUGGGAAGCCACUUACCUGAUUAUGCUUAUUAAGCAGAAGAUGCUAUGUUAACUGUAAUGGCUUUUCUGAUAUUUAUUAUAAGUCUUAGUAUUGAUCUAUUUUUCCAAUACUGCACACUCCUGUGUUUGGACCUUUAUUUUAAUAGCUUUGCAAGAGAAAAUCCUGCACCUGGUUUCCUAUAAUUUAAACUAAAAUGAAAAGGCAAAAAAAAAUAAAUAAAAGGCUUUAUUGUUUAACAGACCAGAUAGAACCAGAAAUUAUGUGAAUAUGUUGAUUAUCAAAACAUGUCUUAAUUUUUUUUAGGGCAAAAUUACACUAAAAGUUCUGGCAUAAAUGUUGGCACUUUGGUGAAAAGAUUUAACUUUUGACUCAGAUUUCCAUAUAUACCCAAUAAUGUAAAAUUAUGUGAAAUGUUUUAAAAAUUUGUGAGACUGCAUAAUUACUGUUUUAAUAAUUCAAUUUCUUGAGAAAGGUAAUUGUAUAAAAUUGCUACUGCAGCUUUAUUUUCAACAUGACGUGCCUGUAAACCAUGGAAUUCCCCCUUUGUAAAAAGACAUUGUAGAUAAUUUGAAUGUUUAAUUAUAGAAAGGUCAUUAGUUUCUUGUUACACAUUUUGUUAGUCUGGUUUUUGUUGCUUAUCAGGUUUAAUAUUGUUCUUGAAAAUAGUUGAUGCUGUGUUAUGUAUAACUUUUCUAAUAAAAGUUGUGUUAUAAGCUGUA